AUGCGUCUUGGGUCUUUCCCGCGAUCAUCAGGCUACGAGAUGAGUACUUUUGUUCCGCUGCCUGCUUCGAAUCGAUCAUCCUUCGGCAUUGAUCAUCCAAUCAAUUAUGAAGAGGAGUCGACUGCAUACAACUCACAGCCCUCGCCAUAUAUGUUUCCCAACACGCAGCAAGGCGUCCUAGCCGACUACUGUGGGAUCGCUUGGAAUCCCAAGGCAUGGAGUUCCAAUCUUCAAGUUAACAAGGCUUCGAGCGGAGCAUUGUUCACAAGCCAAGAUACAGAGAACUCCUUCGCUACCUCUUCUUACCCAUACCUAUUCUCAGGCCAAGUGGCUCAAUCAACGGACGUCCCUCCUGUUGUACCAACGAUACCGUGCAUACCGCCGGACGGGCAAGGAGCCGAUCGGACGUUGCCCAACCCUACGGGCCGUGACCAGCUUCAGAUCGGCCUUUCUUGCCUCACCACAGCAUCCGAUACCAUACACGGAUUACCUAUGUCCCCCGAAUAUAGAUUCGGAAAUUCUCUAGCUACGCGAGGACCUAUUUCAAGCGGUAGCCGACCCUCUGUUCAACUUAGUUCGACUGGAAGUUUAUGUGGUGGUUCGCCUGUCCAAACAACCAGAGCGAGCCAGCCCAGUGCACAAGACAUGGUGUUCGACUAUCUACCCCUGACAUCGGCCGGGUCAUCCUCACACCUUGUCUCCCCAGGUGGAGCAGUUCCCGCUUAUGAGCCUCUUGAGCCAAGUGAUGACUUCAGAGGCAGCGAAAGUCGAGUAGCGAGAUCAUUCUCUCGGGAUAGUGGACGCUUUAUAUCCCUCAUGGGCUGCAGUUCCGACGUCUACGGCUACAGCAGCAGCAGCGAGAAGAUCAAGAAUCGAUCUGAGACAAGCGAUACCGGGUCCGGGGCUACCCUCAUGAACGGCCUUCCAUACACACGCCCGAGGCAUGCAGAUUCUCAUACCACCAUACCGUUCGACCUCCUCACGACCGACGUCCUCUCUGAUUAUCGGGGCCCAACAGAGAUGCAUCGGCCAUCUGUCUCGGCUCUGAGUAAUCCAGGUGGUUUUUAA